AAUUGAGAGGCACAGUAUAACUGCUCUGUCUGGAUCUGCAGAAGUUCAUAUCGUUUCCGCUACUUAAUAAUUUCUUAAACGUAAUACAUACGCACAGCUUUCCUCCUACCAUGCAUUUUGCACGCAAAGCUGGUUGAAGAAAUCAGGCAAACGAGGAAAGCAGUACCAAUACUGUAGCCGCAGGCAGCAGCAGCAACUUCGCACGAUAUGGACAACAGAAACGUCGUCGUCUGCGACAAUGGCACCGGGUAUGUCAAGUGCGGCUUUGCUGGAGAGAAUUUCCCUACUUCUGUAUUCCCUUGUGUGGUGGGGAGGCCUAUGCUUCGGUACGAAGAAUCGCUCGUGGAACAGGAGCUAAAGGAUAUUAUUGUUGGAGGAGCUUGUGCAGACUUGCGGCAUCAACUGGAUAUAUCCUAUCCUGUUAACAAUGGCAUCGUGCAAAACUGGGAAGAUAUGGGUCAUGUUUGGGACCAUGCCUUUUUUAGUGAAUUGAAAAUUGAUCCAACGGAAUGCAAGAUUUUACUUACAGACCCACCUCUUAAUCCUUCAAAGAACCGUGAAAAAAUGGUUGAAACCAUGUUUGAGAAGUACAAUUUUGCCGGUGUCUUUAUCCAAAUUCAAGCUGUUUUGACAUUAUAUGCCCAAGGUUUGCUGACUGGAUUAGUUAUUGACUCUGGCGAUGGUGUCACUCAUGUGGUUCCAGUUGUUGAUGGCUACUCUUUCCCUCAUCUCACAAAGCGAAUGAAUGUAGCUGGCAGACAUAUAACAUCAUAUCUGGUUGAUUUGCUAUCACGUAGAGGGUAUGCAAUGAAUAGGACUACAGAUUUUGAGACUGUUAGGGAAAUCAAAGAGAAGCUCUGCUAUAUAAGUUAUGACUACAAGAGGGAAUAUCAAUUGGGUCUUGAGACCACCAUCCUUGUUAAGAAUUAUACUCUGCCAGAUGGAAGGGUUAUCAAAGUUGGUACUGAACGUUUCCAGGCUCCAGAGGCUCUUUUCACUCCAGAACUCAUUGAUGUUGAAGGUGAUGGGAUGGCAGACAUGGUAUUUCGGUGCAUUCAGGAGAUGGAUAUUGACAAUCGAAUGAUGCUUUAUCAGCAUAUAGUCUUAAGUGGAGGGAGCACCAUGUAUCCUGGAUUACCCAGUCGUUUGGAGAAAGAAAUACUGGAUCGAUAUCUUGAAGUCGUUUUGAAGGGAAACAAAGAUGGGUUGAAGAAACUGCGAUUACGGAUUGAGGAUCCACCACGAAGAAAGCAUAUGGUGUAUUUAGGAGGUGCAGUCCUGGCAGGAAUUAUGAAAGAUGCACCUGAAUUUUGGAUCAGCAAGGAAGAUUAUCUAGAAGAGGGAGUUGCUUGUCUAAGCAAGUGUGGCCAGGCAUGAUUUUGUGAGGUCAUUUCCCCGACUCCCUGACCUAUAUGAGUAUUCGGGAGUGCGUCAUAUUACAGCAUAAGCGUGAGAUUUGACAUCCAUAUCACUGGGCUUGAUAAACCAAAUACCAAUGGCUGUCCCUGGCCUUGAAAUGCCACCAAAUCACAUUUCGUUAUAUAUCUUGACGCCCAGAAGAAUUCAGAAUUUAUUGCAUAAGAAAUCAUUCUGUAAUUUACAAAUUCUGCUUUCUAUGGACCGUAUUGAAAACCUGAAUUGUUACUGAGCUUUGCUUGUUAGACUUGUGUACAUGUGUAAUUUUCUGUAUUCGAUCGUGGAAACAGAAAAAGGUAGAUUAUUUGUGUGUAGAAGAAAAAUAGAAAAAUAAUGAGGAGAUUCGGCCAUUCAA